AUGGGAAGGAGGGUAGUGCAGUUCGCAGACCUACCCAUAAAGCUUUUGAUGCCCAAAAGCUUCACAAAAAUCCAAGAAAUCGCACUCAAGACCAUUCCUUCGGCCUCCAAGAUCGAGAUCGAGAUCAAGCGCGUCCUCAAAUCCCUCUAUGGCUUCGAGGUCGAGAAGGUUCAAACACUGAACAUGGAGGGCAAGAAGAAGAAACGGGGCGGCUUCCUCGAAGAAGAGGCCCAGACCAGGAGCCACUGGCUCGAUGACAGGAAGGAGGCCCAACAUCCAUUCAGGGCCCAACACCAUGAACGUUUGGACCGGGCUGAGAUUGCUGCCGCUAAUGCUAACUUCCCUUGGUCCAGCAUGAGGUCUGGUAGAACUACCAGGUAG